UUCCUCCUCCAGCAUUGGCUGAUUCCUUGACGGUGUUAGUUUCAGGUCGUGGAGAUCACUGCUUGUGUUUAUACUCUCUUACACAGGUUUAGUCCUUGCAAACCAGGCUAGGACUUUACACGUCAGGUCAGAGGAUCUAAUGGUUUAGUAUGGUUGUUGUUGUAAGAGAUCUAUGUAAGAGUUUUAGAUUUUAAAAUUUGGAGAACGAUUCUCUCGUCUUAUGUUGUACCUGUCCAUGGUGCUGAAAUUGACAUUGAGGAAGUACGAGAACAUUUACAACAAAACUGAACUGCAUUCAACAACAGGAGGAUCUGGUUGAAAUCAAUGAUAAGUAGUGAGCGGACUUUUUUGGGACAGGCUCGAAGGAGUGUUUAAGAAGGGUAAAAUAUGAUCUGAUUUUAAUGUGGAUGUGUUCCUCUAUAUUACCAAAAUUAGUGUCAGAAAGAACAAAUGCACAUUUGAAAUCCACUCAACUCCGUGCUGUACUCACGAUGGAGGUAUCCACAAACGGGUCAAGCUUUGGAAUCGACUCUAUACUUUCUCACAGACCUACAAGUCCGUGUAUUUCUAAGGGAGAAUGCAGGUCUCCGGUGGAGUUGAUCUCGCGGUAUGACAUGGACAGUGACUGCUCCUCGCCUCCCUCACCUAGACGGAACUCUGUGGAAGAAGCGGUGCAAAGACACGCCCGCACUCUGGGACUGGACUCUCCUUUACAAAUAUCCCAGCAGCCGCGAACAGUAACGUCCUCGUUUCUGAUCAGAGACAUACUUGCGGACUGUAAACCCCUGGCGGCAUGUGCUCCUUAUUCCAGUCAUGGACAGUCAGCCCAAGAUGCUGAGGACUGCAUGGAUAAACUUCACAGCAAUUCGUCAUCGGACAGUGAAUUCAGGGUGAAAGAUGAAGGUGAUCGAGAAAUCUCCAGCAGCAGAGACAGCCCGAGAUCCCGGUUGAAGAAGCCACGUAAAGCCCGCACAGCGUUCACAGAUCACCAGCUGGGGCAGCUUGAGCGCAGCUUCGAGCGUCAGAAAUACCUGAGUGUGCAGGACAGGAUGGAGCUGGCAGCCACUCUCAACCUCACUGACACACAAGUCAAAACAUGGUACCAAAACCGCAGAACGAAGUGGAAGCGACAGACAACAGUUGGACUGGAGCUCCUCGCUGAAGCGGGAAACUACUCAGCACUUCAGAGAAUGUUCCCAUCACCUUAUUUUUACCCACAAAGUUUGGUCUCUAACCUCGAACCGGGACCUGGGUUGUAUCUAUACAGAGGGCCAUCAGCACCUCCGCCACCCGUUCAACGGCCUCUCGUACCGAGGAUUCUCCUUCACGGUUUUCAGGGCGGCGCAGAUCCAGCAUCUCUUUCUUGUGUGAUACCUCGACACACACCGCGAUGAACUGAUUCAACCUGUCACUGCUCCAAACUCAGGAACAACAGGGUUGCGCUUGGACAAACCCUUGAAAAGAUAACAAAACGCGCAAUAAUAGACUUUCCAAAUGACUCUGACCAAAUGGUGAUGCUAACUAUUUAUUAAAAAAAAUAAAUGCUGAGGACGUUUUCAGAAAAAAAUAUUUGAUGAGGUUCUAAAAAUGAACCUCAUGAGUGUUUUCUGGUGAGCUUUGAGACUUUUGCUUUUCCCCUAAGAAAUGGUUUAUUUGCACAAACAUGACGCAAGCAAACCAAAACAAAAAAUAUCAAUAGUAGAUACAGUAAUUUCAACGCAAUUAUAUGCAAUCAUGAACAACUAAUAUUUGGGAUUUUUACCAGAUAAAACUUAUUUUCAAAGACAUCAGCAACAACAAUAAAACAAUACUACGAAAAAUAAAUGCGCUGUUAAAUAUGUAAUUUGUCACAAACUGUUAUGAUGGUUUUAUUGCUAAGAAUUCUUAUGUUUAUUAGGAUGUUGUCUUAAAAUGUGACUCAUUUCCCUAAUGCAGAGGUCAGCGCAAAUAUUCAUAGCACUGCAAACAUUUUUAGAUAUUUAAAAAUGUGUAAAUCGCGUUGUGUUCAACAGACGCCAAAAUACUUUUCUAAAUAAAGACUGUGAAUUUUUUUGAUUCAAUUAGUAAUUUAUCUUUAUUAUAACAGAUGUUUCUUUAAAUCUGUUGUGAUACCACAAACUUAUUUUUCUUAUUACAAUAGCUAUCUGCAACGGGAAGUCAUAUCCAACAGUCGGUGACCCAGGUAGCUAAUAACAAUAAAACGUUACCCCCUAACUAAUGUUAGUUUGUCCACAAAAGCGCAUUUUCACAUUCAUUCUUGGAAUAUCUGCAUAUUUAAAACCUUCACAUGAAGCCUCGUCAUGAACAUCUCACACAAAUCUAAAAGAGCGAAUCUGAGUAAGUGGUUUGUUGUGUGGGUUAAAUUGACCAAUCAUAAUUAGCGUUUCAUUAUAACACACCAAUCAGUUUUACCGGCAACAAAACGAGCGGCUUUACGAAAAUAAAGCGACCAUGAAACGCAAUAUUCUGGUCAAAUUUCUUUUAGUGUCCGUGGCGAUGUCUUGGCCAAAAGGCAGCAGCUGGUGAACGAGCGAGUCCGACUCAACGCUUUGACAGCUGCUCAGCGUAAGCCAUCCGCCCCAUUUACCUGACCUGUCUCAAACUCAAAACAAACAAAACCGCUCUUAAUAAUACAAUGUUUUGAUGCAUUUUCGUAAUCAACCAUGAAAUAUGUUGCGUUUAGGCCCAGUACAAGGCCUGCUGGACGAGGUGCAAUUCUGGUUGGGCAACAAUUUUAUGUAAUUACAGCACAACUUUUUUCUGUUAGUAAGAUUAUUAUUUAAAGGGAUAGUUCACUCAAAACUGAAAAUUC